AUGUCUGGAAACUCGGGUAUUAAGGUCGUUUUCGGCACGGGCAACGUCAAUCCUCAGUAUGGUUUCGGCACUGUCGAGGCCGUGCAGGAGGCGUUCGAUAUCUUGGAGAAAGGUGGCUGCAAGGCCCUUGAUACUGCUAGACUUUACGGUGACAGCGAGGAGCUCUUGGGCAAGGCUGGAGCUGGUAAACGGUUCAUCGUAGACACCAAGACCAGAGGCGGUUUCAAUCGUGAAGGUGCCACGAAGGCCAAUAUUCUCGAUGACUACAAGGUCAGCAAAGGGUUUCUGGACUCCAAUGUAGACGUAUACUACAUCCAUGCUCCGGACGCCAAGACUCCUUUGGAAGACACUCUCUCGGCCAUCAAUGAGAUUCACAAGUCCAGCUUCUUCAAACGCUUCGGUCUGUCCAACUACAAGGCCGAAGAUGUCCAGAAAGUGUACGAUCACUGCAAGGAGAAGGGCUAUGUCCUCCCAACGGUGUACCAAGGCAACUACAGCGCCGUGGCUCGCAAGCAGGAGGAAAUCCUGUUUCCUACCCUGCGAAAGCUGGGUAUUGCCUUCUACGCCUAUUCUCCACUCGCGGGCGGAUUCUUGACCAAGACCAAGGAGCAAAUCCAAGAAGGAGCUGGCCGAUUCAACGACCAAGCUUUGGGCGGGAUGUACAAGGACAUGUACUCCAAGCCUAGCCUUCUCGAGGCUCUCUCGGACUGGCACAGCAUCGCUAAGGAAGAGGGCAUUACCAACGCAGACCUGGCUUACCGCUGGGUCAAGUACAACUCGCCACUCAAGCCUGAGCAUGGUGAUGCGAUUAUCAUCGGAGCCAGCAGUGCGCAGCAGCUGAAGCAGACUCUGGACUCGAUCAACGGUGGGCCAUUGAGUGCGAAGGCUGUCAAAGGGAUCGAUGCAAUUUGGCAAAAGAUCGCGGAUGAGGCUCCACUCGAUAACUACCAUAGGUAG